UUGCAUUGACAGUGUGUGUUGAAUGCAUCUGAAAAUAACCUUUUUUCUGCUAUCGUUGUUAUCUUGUUCAAGCGGCACAAUGGCAAAAAGAGCAGCUGGAUUUUUAAUUUUUCGUCGAUUUAAUUCGCAAAUCGAAUAUUUAUUGAUGCGAGCAUCGUACGGCGCAAAGCACUGGACGCCACCGAAAGGUCACGUUGAUCCAGGCGAAGAUGAUUUCACCACGGCGUUGCGAGAAACCAGAGAAGAGGCCGGUUACACCGCUGAUGACUUGAACAUUCACAAAGACGAACAAAAGGUGCUCAACUAUAAGGUCAAAGGGAAAGACAAGACAGUUAUCUAUUGGCUUGCCGAGCUCAAAGAUGCCCAAAAAGAUCCAAAGCUUUCUGAAGAACACACUGAAUUUAGAUGGUUACCCAAAGAUGAAGCCACAUCAUUGUCCGGUUAUCCAGAUUUCACUGAAAUGGUCGCCUAUUUCCAUGACAGAAUUGCAAACCUGUAGCAAUGUAGUCGAUAGAGUCUCAAAAAAUUAAUGCUAAAUUCAAUUAUUUUUCCAAUAAAACUCCAAAGAAUAUCGAUCUUUUCUGAUAGA